CCCCCCCUCCCGCCCACCGCCCCUCUGAGGACGUGCACUUGAGAGUCGCUGCCGUCUGAUGCCCUCCCAUGACGCCCAGGUCGGUAGCUGACACUGCCAGUGAGCGGGAGACGCCACCCCACUGGGCCGGCACCGUCAGCUGGUUAUCGCCCUCCCUCUCGCAGGCUGGAGGCUCCGACUCCGCCCACCUACCGGUAUCCACAACCAUCAGCUCCCAUCCACCCCAGUAAGUCCCACAAGCUGACGUUCUCUCAGCACGCACCAGCAGGAGCAGCAGCAGCAGCCAAAAAGAAAACCACAGUAUCUUCAACGCAAUCAGCAACACCAGCGCCACCAUUAUCACCACUACCAGCAGCAACCAUCAUGUCCAGUCGUAGAAAGUCCUCCACCCCCUGCAUGGUCCGGGUCGACCUGCCUGAAGAGCGGGACGACCCCGAGGACGCGAUGGACACGGAGGUACCGGCGGACGACGAGGUGACCGAAAAAGAACAAUCAGAAUCGUCUGAACCAGCAGGAAAGAGUCGAGCUCCCCAGCAGGAGAAUUCAGAGAAUCCAGCCCAGCAGACGUUUCCAAAUCCGCUGGAAACCCAGAAUCCUGAGCCAUCGGAACAAGAGGAGCAGUCGGGUGAGAAAGGUCGACCUCCCGUCAUCGAACAUGAGGAAGCCCCGGAGGAGAAGGACGGCGAAGAAGUUGACUCUGACCCGGCGUCCCGGAAGAAGCAGCCCAGAGGCUACGAGUGCAAAUACUGCCCGUUUUCAACGCAGAACCUGAACGGCUUCAAAGAACACGUGGACUCAAGCCACCCGAACGUCAUCCUCAAUCCGAUGUACCUCUGCGCCGUCUGCAACUUCAACACCAAGAAGUUUGACUCGCUCACGGAGCACAACGAGAGCCAGCACCCGGGCGAGACCAACUUCAAGUUCAAGAGGGUAAAAAAGAGCAACCAGACCAUCUUGGAGCAGACGAUCGAAGGCAAGGACAAUGCAGCCGAGUGCCAAGUGACGAACAGACGGGGCGAAGGCUUUGGCACAUUCCCACCGGGCGUAUCAACCGCAGUGAAAACCCCCAACAGUAUCCAGGCGCUCUAUCAAGGGAGCGCGCUAAAAAGCCAGCGGGACGGCCUGAUCCAGAAGAAUCCAAUCACAGCCGUGAACAUCAACGGAACGGUGAUCAUCCCCGAACCCACCGCCCUCCAAGGGCUCUCCCACGUCGCCCCGAUGCUCCAGCGCCCACCCAACUUCAACUCUGUACCAAAAAUAGCCGUUCCCUUGAACACCACCAAAUAUAACCCUUCUUUGGACGACAACUUGACGUUGAUCACCUCUUUCAGCAAGUUUCCUUACCCGACGCACGCCGAGCUGUCGUGGCUGACGGCCGCCUCCAAGCACCCGGAGGACCAGAUCAAAGUCUGGUUCACCACCCAGCGGCUCAAGCAGGGCAUCACCUGGUCCCCAGAGGAGGUGGAGGAAGCCCGGAAGAAGAUGUUCAACGGCUCCAUCCCCCCCGCCCAUCCCACGUUCACCGUCCUGCCUACGUCUACUUUCUAUCAACCGUCUGCCAAAUCCUCCCAGCAGACCUUCGUCCACACCACCGUCGGGCAUUCGAGCCGUGUGCGGACGACCGCGUCCAACGGGUCGAGUUUAGUCGCCAACGCAAACUCUGGACUUGCGAUUGGCUCCGCCCCUUCCCUGAAACGAUGCCUGCCGACGUACCUGACGUCGGUGUUCGGCCCGGAGUCCAAGCGGCCCAUCAUGGCAGUCGCCCCUCAUUCUGGCGACGCCAAAGACAGGGGCCUCAUGGCUCCCCCACCCCCUCCUCCCCCAAAAGACCGCCUCCCAAUGGCUCCGCCUCCUGCUCCCAUGGAGAUGAAGAGACCCGUAGCAGUUCCUCUGGUUACCGGAGAGAUGAAGAGGCUUUUCGCUGCCGUGCCUUUAAUGCCGCCGCCGUCGUCGCAGCCAUCUUUGUUGUCCAAAGGGAAGAUGGUCUCGUCAUUAGGAAACCCCAAAACAAAACCGGUGGUGUCGCUGCCCUCCUUAGUCUUUCCAGAGUUUUUAACCAGGCCACUGAUAAUUCCCCCGCCUAUCUUUGCGCCGCCAUUUAAAAACUCGUUACUUUUUCCUCUCAACUCGCCCAACACUUCCAAAGAGAUGCACCCGAAUGCCCACGCUUCGCCAGCUGCGGAUCUCAAGCUGCCAAACUCCCCACCAGCCGUCGCCCCACACAUAAGGAGGCCGACCAUCAUCCAGUCCAUUCGCGCUCCGGCCAAAGCCCAGAUGCCAGGAUUCCUUUACGAUAACAGGAAACUAAAAGAGCAGCAAGGAGUGGAAGUGAAAGCCUUCUACCCCAGAGGAGAUAAGGUACUCACUCCUCUGGCAGAGGCCAACGGGACAUCUCGCACGGAUGGCCACAAAUGGUCUCACAAUCAAACCACGCUUGCUCACAACAAUGGCGUCCAACAUUUUGAUAGGGCGCUAGCGGCGCUGAAACCGGACUUCCAUCAAAAGUCCUCGGUGCUGACCCAGUUCCCCUUGCUGGAGAGGAUGAAAGGGAAGACGGCGGAACAGCUAAAGAUCUUGGAGGAGAACUUCCUGAGGAACAGCUUUCCCACGCUCAGCGACGUGGACAAUCUAGCGGGCGCCACCCGCAUGUCUCGCCAGGAAAUCGACAGCUGGUUCGUGGAGCGCCGAGCGCUACGCGACAACCUGGAGCAAGCGCUCCUCAACUCCAUGGGCACGAAGAGGACGGGCGCCGGCGGCAUCGCGGCCAUCGCCAAGAAACGACUACAUCAGCAGCAACAGCAACACCAAACUCUCCAGCUGAACGGGAUUCACAAGCCAAGCGGUGGCGUGGGCCAUCUCAAAAGCCCUCUUCCACCUCACUCCGCCCCGCCCAUCGUCGCCCCCUCCGUCCCCAGCCCGAACUCAUUCUCAGUGCCUCCGGACGGCCGAUCUCUGGCGCUCCUCAUGGACGAUUUUGCUCAAACGCGGUGGCCUUCCCCUGAGGAGUUCAGCCAGCUGGAGGGUCGGACGGGACGCGCCGAACUGGCCCGCUGGUUCACCGACAGCCGGCUGCAGAGCGGCGGCCUGGAGCUGGCGGAGCUUUUCCGCAACAGAGGACAGGGCCCUCCCAAAAACACCGCCCCCGGCAUCCUCCAGCGCUGUCAGGAAGGAGCCCUCACCAACAGCAGCAGCAGUAAGGUGUUGGAGGUGGAGCUGGGCUGGCUGAUGCAGCAGCGCGCCAACAGCCUCAGCGGUCAACAGCGGGAGGAACUCCAAGACCGGUUGGCUGGCAGACUGAGGCAGCAGGACACGACCGAGAAGAACGGAGGACACAACGGAGGACACGACUUAGGACACAACGGAGGACACAACGGAGGACACAACGGAGGACACAAUGGAGGACACGACUUAGGACACAAUGGAGGACACAACGGAGGACACAACGGAGGACACAACGGAGGACACGACUUAGGACACAACGGAGGACACAACGGAGGACACAACGGAGGACACGACGGAGGACACGACGGAGGACACAACGGAGGACACGACGGAGGACACGACGGAGGACACGACUUAGGACACAACGGAGGACACGACGGAGGACACGACGGAGGACACGACGGAGGACACGACGGAGGACACGACGGAAGACAUGACGGAGGACACGACGGAGGAAACGACGGAGGACACGACGGAGGACACAACGGAGGACACGACGGAGGACACAACGGAGGACACGACGGAGGACACAACGGAGGACACGACGGAGGACACAAGGUGUUCGGCAGCUGGCUGGAGGGCGGCCACUCGAGGAGAGGACGUGAGCUGCUGCUGGACCGAGAGAGGAAGAUGACGGGAUGA